UAACUUUCCCCCCCCGGCAGCCCCCCCCCCCUCCCCGCGCGAUGGACAAGGGAGCGGAGCCGUGGGGGGGCCGGAGCCGGGCGGCCGCCGGCGGCGGUCCUAAGAGCGGCGGCAGCCCCUCCGAAGGGCCCUACUCAGAGCCGGAGAGCGGCGGCGCCGACGGCGGCGACGAGCACGAUGUAGGCAUGAGGGUCGGCGCGGAAUACCAGGCGCGCAUCCCCGACUUUGAGCCCGGCUCCGCGGGUGUCAGAUGAUUUCCUACCGGAAGAGGAUUGGGCCGCAGCUCCUCGCAGUGACUUCUCGGCCCCGGCCCCCGCGCUGGGCGCGGGUCCCCGCAGACCGCGGGCGGGGGGAUGGAUGCGGGCCGGGCGCGGGGAAUGCCCUUCCCCGAGAGGGGCGCCUGCCCGGGGCCUUUGUUAAUGGGGCCCGCCGUCCGCACCACUCCUUUUAACGCCGCCUCCGUGGAAAUAAAUAAAAAUGAUCACCUCUGAUGUGCAGCCUGGGCUUGCUUUUCCUACAGGCCACCUGGAAAAAUGCACGGCCUUCCUUUCGCCUUUGGUUAACUCUUCUAGAAGAGGCGUAUAGCAUUGUUCUGAGUGCACAAACCCCGAUUCUUGGGCUGAGCGGAUGGUGACUCCUUUGGAACAGCAAAAUUUUACAUUACACAGAAAACUUCACAGUGUGUAAAAGCAGGAUGCAUCCUUACUGUGUUACCAAACUGAGGAGCUCUCAGCAAGAUCCCGUGUUCUCUCCUGCUUGCUUUCUGCUGGCUCUUGGGGUGGCUUCUCUGAGGGAUGCUGGGCGCAAAGCUGAGCUCUUGUCCUGUCACAUAUACACCUGCAUUAUUAUUGGUGUGCUUGUUUUUAUUGUAUUUUGAUGUAGCAAAUGGACUUUCCAUUGUACCUGUGGGUUUGCAUAAGUGGAUGUAGGCAUUAUUUCUAAUUUACUCACUUCCAUGAUUUUUCCUCUUGCAGUUCCUCUGAAUCCCUUUCUCCUGACAGUCUGCCCAUUAUGCUGGGAUAUGUGUUUGGUUACCUGAUUUCAAAUGCUUCUUUAACAUGGUAGUUGUGAGGCAGGAAUCCAUCCCAGAUAGAACUGGGUGGUGUCAAAGCCCACAGAACUCUGAGCAGAACCCGAAGGGGAGCCUUUGGCCUCACUUUGUCAGUUUGUAAAUAUUGGCAAGUGACACUUUGCAACAAUGUGUUGAGGAAGAAAACAUUCAUGGUUAGAGUUGUGGCAGUAUUAGGUGAACUCAGGAUGGAAAAUGUUGAAGAUAAUUUGUUUAAAAAAGAGGUUAAUCAGCUAUUUGCUGGUCUCUUGGGGCAAGAAGUGGCUGAACGCAGCAGCUGGGAGAAGCUGAAAUGUGCUCUUCCCAUGUUCUACCCAUCACCCCUUUGCAGAGGCAAGCCUUCAGCCAGAGCUGAUGUGGGAAUAGCACUUGGAAUCAUCACUAGAUGUAACAGCAAUGAGAUCCAUUUACUUGCUGUGAUAAAUGGCAUUAAUAAAAUAAAGCCCCUAGAUCCCCUCACCUAAUUUGCUGAGUUAAUGAACCAUCUCCUGCGCCCCAGGUUUUGGUCUCCUCCUGUUGAUUUCCCUGUAGUACUUCAUAUUUCCAAGGCAAAACGUUCUGCCUUGGCUUUCUGACCCACCCAUCUACAUAGCAGGGUAUCACGGUGCUGGGUCCUCACUGGGGGCUGUCCAAUUUCUUUCUUAGGGAAAGAGCCAUGGAGAAUGCCACUGCUGGAAAGGUGCUGUACUGUUGUGUGACCUCCGUGAUAUGGCUGCCUCUGUGAUAUGGUUGCCUGUGGAGUUUUAUUUCACGCUGAAGAAUCAAUGCUGUCCUGACUCAGGCAGGCCGUGGUACAGUGAGAGUUCACAAAGGCUUUAGUAUGAGUUCUGCUUGCUUAGUGCUGAAAUGCUGCUCUUCCAUUUACCCUGUUCUUGGGGGGUGAGUGGAGAAGGAUUGUUGGAGCAUUUAAGGUUGCUUAUGGAUUUCAUUUCAUUGUACAUCCUUCUAAUCUUUCUCCUUCUAACCUUCCUAUGUAAAAAUGGAGUCUGUUAAAGGGAAGUAAUGAAAUAGCAUGGUGAAAUACGUAGAAGUUUCAUUGUGUUCGAUGUCAUCUGUCCUCGCAGUCCCCAAUUUAUUUAUUUUUUAAGAUGUCCAGUCCUUGGGUUUCAAAGUUAAAUUACCAGACACCCCCAGUGCCAUUAUUAAGUCACGUAUAUUUCCAGAUAUUCAUCUUAUUCUCAGUACUUAUAGUCACGUACAGAGCGGUGUUUUCCAAGCACACCUGACUUCUGCUAAUGCUAAACUGCAGUGUAGCAGCUGUCAGUCUGGUGCUGUGGUUGCUCCCUUACAGAAGCCGUAGGGAGUGCUUACUGUCAUCUCCAGCCAGCACUGUUUCUUGACAGCAUUGGCAGCAGCCAAAGUGCAGAAACCUUCUCCAAAGUAGCUCAGUGUGGUUGGGGAGGGGAGACUUGUGUCUGAGGUGUAGCUAAUGGAUUUUGUCUUCCUUAUUGGCAUAUGCUUCUGCUCUUCUUACCCGCCGUGGGUAAGGUGGUGCCUGCUAUUUCCAGCCUCUGCCCAUAAUAAGCACAUCGCCUUUGGGAAGCAGUUCAGCCUUUAUUUAGGAGUGGGAGAGUGCUGCUCACUCAAACACUUGGACACGAAGGACAAGAAGUGGUUUUCAUAAAGAAAAACCCUAGUCUCGCUUAUGGAGUUGGAGGGAUCCCUCCUGGAGGCAUAAAUGGCAGGGCUCAGGACAUAGGUUGUUAACUAGAGUACUUCAGUAUUCAAUAGCUGACAGUGUCCUUGACAUAAACAGGUCUGCAGGUGUCUGUCAGGAUUAUUGCUUUAUUGUCUUAAGGGAAAACUGAGGGUCUGCUCACAUUAAGUUUGGGCAUUUGAUAUACAGAAGGAGAGAGCCUGAUAAACUGAUGUAUUCUCUAGUGGUCAUCCUAGUUUCUACUUUUAGAGAGUGGGAUACAGAGCAACAAUCAUUCUUUUCUGCUAGAAAACAACUGGAUGAAGAGGUGGUACAGCGGUGACAUGCUUGCAUCACUCCUCGUGAGAAUAUUGCUUUCCUAAUGACUAAAAAAUUCCUACUUUUUCUAAUGGUGCCACAAAAUACACUGAUAAAGAUAAUGGAGGGAUGCUCGUAUGGUCACCAUAUCAUAAUAUUCCAGAUGCCAAGUUGGAUGAAUAUAUAGCAAUAGCAAAGGAAAAACAUGGAUACAAUGUGGAACAGGCUCUCGGCAUGUUGUUUUGGCAUAAACACAAUAUUGAGAAGUCCCUUGCGGAUCUCCCUAACUUCACUCCCUUCCCUGAUGAAUGGACAGUUGAAGACAAAGUCCUAUUUGAACAAGCAUUUAGCUUCCACGGAAAGAGCUUUCACAGGAUCCAGCAAAUGCUUCCAGACAAGACGAUUGCGAGCCUUGUAAAAUACUACUAUUCUUGGAAAAAAACUCGCUCGAGGACAAGUCUGAUGGAUCGACAGGCUCGAAAGCUUGCUAAUAGAAAUAAUCAAGGUGACAGCGAUGAUGAUGUAGAAGAACCUCAUCCAAUGGAUGGAAAUGAUAGCGAUUAUGAUCCCAAAAAAGAAGCCAAAAAGGAGGUAACAGAUAACUUAAUGGGCAAUAAUGAGCAGCCUGUUCAGACCAGCAAGAUAGGGCUGGGUAGAAGAGAGUAUCAGAGCUUGCAGCAUCGCCACCAUUCUCAGCGUUCCAAAUGCCGUCCACCAAAAGGCAUGUACCUGACCCAGGAAGAUGUGAUAGCUGUUUCCUGUAGUCCCAAUGCAGCCAACACAAUUCUUAGACAGCUGGAUAUGGAACUAAUCUCAUUAAAGCGACAGGUUCAAAAUGCUAAGCAAGUAAACAGUGCACUUAAACAGAAAAUGGAAGGCGGGAUUGAAGAAUUCAAACCUCCUGAGUCUAAUCAGAAAAUCAAUGCCCGUUGGACCACAGAAGAGCAGCUUCUUGCAGUACAAGGUGUCCGCAAAUAUGGUAAAGAUUUUCAAGCUAUUGCAGAUGUAAUUGGCAACAAGACUGUUGGCCAAGUGAAGAACUUCUUUGUAAACUACAGGCGUCGGUUUAACUUAGAGGAGGUAUUGCAGGAAUGGGAAGCGGAACAAGGAACCCUGGCUUCUAAUGGUGAUGCUUCUGCUUUAGGGGAGGACACAAAAAAUACUUCUAAUGUGCCAUCAGGAAAGAGCACUGAUGAAGAAGAUGAGGCGCAAAGCACUCCGACCACUCAGUGUUUAGGCCCUUCACCUCCAGCGCAGGCAUCUGCUCCAGCUCCUACCGCUCCCAUGGCCACUUUAAAUCAGCCACCCCCGUUACUUCGUCCAGCGCUUCCUGCUGCUCCUGCUCUCCACCGUCAGCCUCCGCCGCUCCAACAACAGGCGCGAUUUAUUCAGCCAAGGCCCACUCUCAAUCAGCCUCCCCCACCGCUCAUCCGCCCAGCUAAUUCCAUGCCUCCCCGUCUGAACCCAAGGCCGGUGUUGACCACCGUUAGCGGCCAGCAGCCACCCUCACUGAUUGGAAUUCAGACAGAAUCCCAGUCCACUCUGCACUGAAGAAAUAAAGCAGAAUUAUGCUAACUCCUACAUCUGAAAGACUGCAUCAAGGUACUUUUCCGUUUCCAAAUAAAGAAGCAGAAAAAAAGCGAGCCUUCACAGGUAGCAGACCAGUCUUACAGAGGAGCAAGGUAAUAACCAGUACUGGAACCACGUGAAUGACCACCUGUGUAAAAAUAUUUUUUGUAGAAGACUUGUACAGAAGAACAAUGCCUACAAUACACAGCCCUCCUCUAUGUGAAUAACUGUCGAAGGAAGCUAAAUUCAUACAUGAGUCAAUUUUCAACACACCAGGAUUUCAUUUAACUGAUUUUUUUACUCUAUUUAUUUUAUUAUGGUUCUUUGUAGUCGAGCAUCUAACUACAAGAAAGUAGGCUGGCAAAUCUAGGAAUAAGUAAUAUUGUAGGAGACUUAAAUGUAGUGGCUUUCUGUGUGUAAUUUUUAUUUUAUUUUUUACUUUUUAGUGGAGAAAAAAAGAAUAAACCUAAUGGCCUUAGGUUCAGAAUUUUUGGCCCUGCUUAGAUAUCUGUAGAAGCAUUUCUUGCAAUUGUAAAAGGUAGAUGACUCUUCUCUUAAUGUUUUUUCCCAGAAUGUUUUUUCUUGUUUAAGAAAGGUACUUUCUUAUUAAAUAGUCCUCUUCCAGUGUGUUAUGAAAACUCAGUGAGCUAUUGUACCAAACAUACUAAACAUCACGUGUGUUCUAGUCAUAGAAGCUGUCUGGAAACAGGAGUCCAGUUUCCCGCUGCACUCUCCCUUGUAGGCUGGGCUGGGGAGAGGCAGCAACUGCCAGCACCCAGGGGGAUGACAGCAGAGGAACUGCUUAGCAAGAACCAUCCGUUUAAUUAGUUCUUCUGCUGACCCUUCUAAUCUAAGUACAGCAGAAUUUCAGUCCUCUGAGAACAUCUUGCUCACCGUUGGUAUUUGCGAGAUCAUUGAUAUCUUGCCUAGGAUGUAUGAUGGAUGUACAGAGGCUGAGGGUGGUAGGAGAGUAAUGUAGCAAUAGGGCUCUCUGCUGCCUGCCUGCCCGGUGUUAAAUGUCUGAUUUCUGCUAUUGCUGGCAGAUCUGUGGGCUGGGUUUACGGCUAUCAUGGUUUGUUUUGUUUUAUUCACUAGCAAAACCUGCAUUUGGGUAUCAAUUAUGGCUUCCCCAUUUUAGGAGAAUAAAAGAUUGGGGUUUAUUUUCCAUGGUAUUUACUACUACAUUUUCUUGUCUAAAACCCUGAUUCAUGCCCAGCAGUAGUUCUUUUGGUGGUUUGUUUUCAAAGCAAACGCCUCUCCCUUCCAAGUAAACCAGGCUUCAAUUUUCAGUACCAGCAUUUGAAACUAUGGUCUGAGUCAAGCUAUUGAAAAACAUUGCAUUGCUAACUGCCAUGCUGCUCUAGAAAAUUAUUUGUUUAUACCUGGUGUUUAAAAUCCUUUUAAAUCCAUUGUGUUACUAGCUUGAUUUGCCCAUGACUCAGAUGAAACUACAUUUGAAAAUGGAAUGUGCUCUCCCUCGUUCUUUCUGCAGAUAAUGUGGUGGUUUGACCACCAGUUAGCAGUUGGCUAAGACUUUUCAUUUAUGCAAAGGAAAGUUCUUACAGCACCAGAUCCUAUUACCUUUGUAAAUCUAGUAUUAGGGAUUUAUAUUUGUGACCUGAAUUGCAAUUAAAGCAUUCACCUUUAUGGUUAAGUUCACAAAUAUUUUCAGAUCAAACUCAAUUUUCUUUCAGUACAGCUUUCAGCAGUGCACUGGUGUCUCAUACAAGGGGUCCUUCUUAGGAAUUUUCUUCUGCAUCAGAGUAGGUUCUUAGCCACUAUGUGAGCAUCAGAUGACCUCUCUCCCGAGAAAAGCAGCACUGUAACAAAGUGCUGAGGAACGUGUGAUCGCUGAAUCGUUUGUUCUGGAAGUCCUUAGUGUCCCUCAACAGCCAUGUACGGAUCUGGCUGCUCCCCAGACGGGUUUUUAAAACUGAUAGGAAAUCCAUUUCCACAUCCAUACGUAUCUCAGUUGUUAGCAGUGAUAGGGUACAUCUCCAGUACUUCUCACUUUUCUUUUUUUUUAAGCAUUGAGUCUCCCAGGUGUAUGUAUUGUACCUUUGCUAAUUUUUGUCUUGUCUCGUCAAUAGACUUCAGUAUGCAGAAUGUUGGGUGUUGCAGUAGAGUUGGCCGCCACCAACUGCUAUAAAACUGUUCAGUACAUUGUAAUUCAGUUUAAUCUUGUUUAAAUAUUCUAUAACUGGGCAAAGGUGCUGUAUUUGAAGGGGGUGGGAGGGGCAGAGAUGGGUAGUAUUUCUUCCUUUACAAACACUGUAGCACACAGUAGGGAUUUCCUAGCGUUUGUAGUACUAAAUAAGUAUGUACAUAGCAAAAUGUCUUUAUUGUGUGCUUUGCAGAGUAUGUGCAUACAGUUUGCACGUCCUGUUUUUGGGGGUAGGGUUUGUUUUAAGCAGUGUUUGCCUGGAGAGUGAUAUGCUUGCUGCUUAAUCAAAGGAUUAAAGUUUCAAAGAAAUCUGUGUCUUCUAUUUUUAUGUACCUGGUAAUAGUCUAAUAUGUUAGGGCCCUUAUACUGUGAUUCUCUUCUAAAUUCAUUUCUAUUUUUUUAAGAAUUAGAAAUAAAAUUAUACAAUGGUGUUGAUUUCGGUGGGGAAUUUCUUUUGCCAUAUCUCGUCUCCUGUUUUUGUAAUGUAGUAAUGAACUCUGACUUCAAGGUUGGCUUAAUUUUGUCACUUUAAAAAAUGUAAAAUGUUUGCACACUAAAGUUCGGCUGAGAACGUGUAUCCGACAUUGUUCAAAGCUAAUGUAACUCUACAGCUUUUUGUACAGUUUAUUUUAGUUAAUAAAGCAAAACGGUACUAAAACUGACAGGUUCUACAACUGCAAGGCAUAAUUUGAACUACGUCGUCUGAGGAACAGCGCUUGCAAAGUAUGGAUGUACAAAAAUAUCAGAUCUAAUUGUUGCACUUUAAAUCAGAAUGGGUAUGGAGUGAAGCAGGUAUUCCUGCAUUAAUAAAAUCAAUCACUAAACAUUGCA